AAUCAAAGUUAAAAUCACUGCCUCUCAUUCUUCCCACUCAACUUCUCUAAGCUAAGUUACCAACAACUAGUAGCAGCACCAACACCAACAACACUUCACAACUAAAGAGGUUGUUGAACACAGUGUUAGUGUCAUUAAUGGUGUCCCUCAACUCAAACCCCCCUCAAACUUUUCCCUUCUUCGACCCCUUCAACAUGGAGGAUCCCAACAAGAAGGUUCGGAAGCCUUACACCAUUACCAAGUCCAGAGAGAACUGGACGGACCACGAGCAUGACAAGUUUCUCGAAGCUCUUCACUUAUUCGACCGUGACUGGAAGAAGAUUGAAGCAUUUGUGGGUUCAAAAACAGUUAUCCAGAUAAGAAGUCAUGCACAGAAGUAUUUCAUGAAAGUUCAGAAGAAUGGAACAAGUGAACAUGUACCUCCCCCUCGUCCGAAAAGAAAAGCUGCUCAUCCAUACCCACAAAAGGCUUCUAAAAAUGCUCUCACUAUAUCCAAAGUUACGAAGCCUUUGCAAUCUUCAUCUGCCUUGUCAGAAUCAUCAUUCAUUUAUAGGCCAGACUCAUCACCUGUGCUUAGACCUGCAGUUAGCAGUGUGCCAUUGCCAUCUUGGGGUUAUAAUCUUACGCCACAAGCUGGUCUUCUUUCUAAAGUGACAAAAGAUCAUAUGGUAUUGAAUCAAAAAAUCAACCCCUUCAAUUACUGCUACAGCAGUAGUAGUGAGAGCAAACAAACAGAUCAGGGUGACCAAGGCCAGCCAAUUAAAGCAAUGCCAGAUUUUGCACAAGUAUAUAGCUUCAUUGGAAGUGUGUUCGAUCCUAAUGUGACCAAUCAUUUACAAACACUGCAACAGAUGGACCCAAUAAAUGUGAAAACCCAGGUGUUGCUGUUGAUGAGAAACCUCUCCACCAAUUUAAGAAGUCCUGAGUUUGAGAAUGAAAGAAGGAUGCUGUCAUUGUACAAUGCUAACUCGGAGAGAAAAAAAUCAUCUCGGCCAUCUUUAACGGACAGAUCAGAGAGUGUUAUCUUAUCUGCUUAAGGUGGUAGCAGUGGUUUGUGCCUGAACACAGAUUUUAAAUAUUUUCUUAAAACAAAAUAAGCUUCCCUCUCAGCUACCGAUAUAACUCCAAAUGGUGAAAUAUUGGACACACAUGAGGAGCAAGGAUUACACGUUCUACUAACAUUUUGUAAAGUGCAGAUAGUUGCAUGUGCAUGUAAUUUACUGUCAUUUGGGUUUGUAUGCAUCUUACAAAGAUGGUUGUCCUAGGAAUGCAGGAUAAUGAGAGAAUCUUGUUGAGGUAACCUUUGGAGGCUGUACUGUACAGAGAACAUUGAGAGCUUGUGUGUGUAAUUUAAAACCUUCUUUAUACAAAUUAAGCAUAUAAGAGAAGUAUUAUUACUUAGGAAGUGUUGCCAUGUUGUAUAUAAACCAAUAAACAGCAUUAUGCUUCUGAAUUGCCAUUGUGCUUGUUGUGAUGUG